CUCCGUACCGCGGCACAGGAAGUGAGGCAGGGCGGUUGAUUACGUUUAAGAAAACAUUUCGCGGGAGAUUAGCUGCAGACGGGCUGCCUGUAAACAGUAACGAUAAAAAAAAAAAUACUCUAAAGUCUUCACACAAUGAGUUUGUGGCUGGAUAAAUAUCGACCGACGUCCCUUGGGAAACUUGACUAUCACAAAGAACAAGCGACUCAACUGAAAAACCUGGUUCAGUGCGGCGACUUUCCUCACUUGUUGGUGUAUGGACCAUCAGGAGCGGGGAAAAAAACCCGCAUCAUGUGUCUGCUGAGAGAACUGUAUGGACCAGGGGUGGAGAAGCUUCGCAUAGAACAUCAAACUAUUGUGGCUCCAUCAAAAAAGAAAAUUGAGAUCAACACAAUAGCCAGCAACUAUCACUUAGAGGUUAACCCAAGUGAUGCGGGAAACCAGGAUCGUGUGGUGAUCCAGGAGCUUAUUAAAACUGUGGCCCAGUCCCAGCAAAUCCAGUCCAGCACUCAGAGAGAGUUCAAAGUGGUGCUGCUAACAGAGGUGGACAGACUCACUAAGGACGCCCAGCAUGCCUUGCGACGCACAAUGGAGAAAUAUAUGGCUACCUGUCGCCUCAUCCUCUGCUCGACAUCCACCUCGAAGGUCAUCGGGCCGAUCCUGAGCCGAUGUCUGGCUGUCAGAGUUCCUCUGCCCAGCACAGAGGAGGUGUGCAGCAUUCUGACAUCGGUCUGUAAAAAGGAAGGUCUGGUGCUGCCGCCUGAGCUGGCCAAGCAGAUCAGCGAAAAGUCGGGUCGCAACCUCCGCAGAGCUCUUCUGAUGUGCGAGACGUGCAGAGUGCAGCAGUAUCCAUUCUCAGCAGAUCAGGAUGUGCCAGAGCCGGACUGGGAGGUGUACCUGAGAGAAACUGCUAAUGCCAUCGUCAGCCAGCAGAGUCCUCAGAGGCUGUUGGAGGUUCGAGCCAGGCUGUACGAGCUGCUGACGCACUGCAUCCCUCCUGAUAUCAUCAUAAAGGGUUUAGUGGGAGAAUUGCUGAAUAACUGCGACGGGCAGCUAAAGGCGGAGGUGGCCCACCUGGCUGCUUACUAUGAGCACCGACUCCAACUGGGCAGCAAAGCCAUCUACCACCUGGAGGCGUUUAUUGCAAAGUUCAUGGCCAUGUACAAGAAGUUUAUGGAAGACGGCCUGGAUGCCAUGAUGUUUUGAGUUCGAGAGUUUUUGUGCCAUAAUUUGGAACAAUUUAUAGCAGUUUGGGUUUAUGUAACUAUUGGUAAAUUCAUCAGCACUGCACACAGACUAUAAACCAUUGAGAAAACACAAGUUGGAACUGGGAAGGUGGGGAAUGUAUUAUAAUGUUCAGAGAGGUUACAAUAAAUCACCAUGUUGGUAACAUG